AUGGUUCACCUAUCUAUGAAUAGAAGACAAUGUCAUAUUUGAAUUGACUUGAAUUAUUGAUUGAGCUAUGAAAUAAAACACAGAAUAUUUCGAUAUUAUUAUUUAAUAUAAUUAGAUAUAUAACAAUGUAGCACCACGGUUGUGGUUAUCUACGUCCGUGGGUUAUUAGUGUUAUUUUUCUAUUCGUAGCAACACCAAAUAAAACUUCAAAACAUGUCAAAAGUCAUCAAAAUCAAAAAUUUGUUGAUGACAUGCGGCUUUCCAUGUUUUAAAAUUUAUAAUAUUUGAAAUCGAAUUAGUCUUUUGAAUAAAUCGUUCUGUGAAACAAAAAUGGUUCAAAGCAACCUUUGGAAGUUCUUUGAUGCUGAUGAUUUGAAGGGGUUUACAUUGAUAAUUCCGAGCGUUGCAGUGGGAAAUGUUGGUCAGCUCGCCUGUGACUUGCUAAUUUCGUCUUUAAAUAUGAAGAAAAUUGCAUCGGUUUACAGCCCAGCUCUUAUUCCAGUUGCCGGUUAUGAUCCAUACGACUUGAAAUCAAGCAAACUUUCAAGCAGUUGUGAAGCAUACAAAUGUGGAGAAAGACAAUUGGUUAUUCUACAGCUGAGAGCACCUCUUAUCUUUGAAUACGCACAAAAUUUCCUUGAGGAUGUUGUAAACCAAUUCAAAGCAAAACAAAUUAAGGAUAUUAUUGUGCUCACCAGCAGUUUUGCUCAUGAAAGGAAGCACAUUAUGACAUCGCCAUUUAGAUACUUAGCAAGUGAGACUUCACCAUAUGAAGAGUGCAUGAAAUCUUUGAAUUGGUUGGUGCAUGAGUCAUUAGAACGUGACAUUAAGAUAUACGGAGGGGGCUUUGCAACUCAAAUAUUUCAAAUUUGUAAAGAGCAUGAUGUGCCCUCUCUAAUAAUAUACAAAUACUGUUCAGAAGGAGAUAAUAUUCCUGAUGCCUAUGAAAUGGUUCAUUAUUUAAAUAGUCUUCUGCAGUUUUAUAGUGAAGGAUCAGAUUUGAUGUCUGAGUUAAUACAGCCUGUGUCAUGGAAGCUUCUGUUUGGCCGACCACCACCAAGAGAUAUUUACUAAUAAAAUAUAUUUUGAUUUC